AUGGCGGCCUCUCUCGCGUCCUCCUUCGCGUCCUCCGUCAGGCUCGCGCCUGCCUCCUCCUUCCUUUCGGGGGAGCGCAUUCAGCAGUCGUCAGCUGUUGCCGGCUCCACUCCCGCAGCCGUUAGCGCCAGCCCCGUCGUCCGCGUCGUGGCCGUGCGUAAAAUCCAAGGGACCGUCGUGUCGACCGCUAACGACAAGACGGCCGCGGUCGAGGUGAAGCGCAUUUAUCCGCAUAAGCUGUACAAGAAGCGGAUCGCCUCUGUGAAGCGGUACCAGGCGCACGACCCUGAGAACCAGUGCCGCGUGGGUGACUUCGUGACUCUUGCCAAGUGCGCGCCGGUUUCCAAGACGAAGAAGUUCAUUAUCGUGGACAUCCGGACGCCUCGCCUCGCUGGUCUACCGUCGCCGGACCUUCCGCCUCUUCAGUCGGAGGCUGCCGCUCAGGCGUAA